CCAGCCCAAUUGUGUUCGCCUGCUCCGCAGAGGACCGGCUCCAAAGCCCGCAAGGCUUCGGGCCCCAGCGUCACCGAGCUCAUCACCACGGCCGUGUCCGCCUCCAAGGAGCGCAAGGGGCUCUCGCUGGCCGCGCUCAAGAAGGCGCUGGCGGCCGGCGGCUACGACGUGGAGAAGAACAACAGCCGCAUCAAGCUGGGGCUCAAGAGCCUCGUCAACAAGGGCACCCUGGUGCAGACCAAGGGCACCGGCGCCUCCGGCUCUUUCCGGCUAAACAAGAAGCCCGGCGAGACCAAAGAGAAAGCGCCGAAGAAACGCGCGGCGGCGGCAGCCAAGCCCAAGAAGGCGGCGGCCAAGAAGCCCGCGAGCGCCGCCAAGAAGCCCAAGAAGGCGGCGGCGGUGAAGAAGAGCCCCAAGAAGGCGAAGAAGCCGGCGGCUGCCGCGGCCAAGAAAGCAGCCAAGAGCCCCAAGAAGGCAGCCAAGGCUGGGCGCCCCAAGAAGGCAGCGAAGAGCCCGGCCAAGGCGAAAGCGGUGAAGCCCAAGGCUGCCAAGCCCAAGGCGACCAAGCCCAAAGCAGCGAAGGCGAAAAAGGCAGCGCCCAAGAAGAAGUAAAUGAUACUGGAGGAGUCCUGCUCUACAUAUUUUGCUAUCCAACGGCUCUUUUAAGAGCCACCCACACUAUCCCUAAUGGAGCUGAGGC